CUCGACUGCUCGAGCGCUGCGCCGCUCGGCUGCCCGGCUGCCCGGCUGCCCGGCCGGCCGAUCGGGCAGUCGGCCACUCGGCCGGGCCGGCUUCUUCGGCUCGCAUUGGCUUGGCUAUCAGUCGUUGUGGAACGACUGAUCCUAUCGUUCGACCGAAAAACACUGUGCCGUGUGUCGUGUCGCGUAGUGCCAUGCUAUUCCGCCGCGCCGGAAUGUCGCAGGCAGUGUCACUUUGAUCUGGGCAGGCGUGUGCGCGGCUAUGGGACCGACAGCUAAUCGUAAUUAGUAUUGACGACAACCUUUCGGUACUUUCGGUAAGCUUGGUAAGCUCGAUGAAACGAAUCGGCCCGACUACGAAAACCGUCGGCGAAGAUUCCUAGGCAUUCCUAGGCAUUCCUAGGCAUUCUCAGAGCCAGAGGAGCAGCAAAGGUUGGAGGCCACCGGAAGGUCUCGAACGGCAUCAUCAGGGCUUAGGCUGGCACCACGAGGAUGGGCUCCAGUAAUGUGAGUUUCGUGGGGCGUGGGGGGUGAUUAAGAGUGGCCGGUCAACUCAUUGGGAAGUUGCUCGACUCGAAUCAGGGGUGGAUCUCGGGGGGUCGAAAGUCAUUGAGCAGCCCUGAAGUGGCAGAGUGCCGGACGAGGAAGAGAGGAACCGACUGCAAGAGAAAGAAGCAGAAAGGCUGGGCAGCGAGUCUGGCGCUGGAGGUGGAUGCUGAGGUAGUGGGGGCAGAGAAAGGGCGAGAGGGAGGAGGAGCGUGAAGGAGUGAGGUCGAGAGAGAUUGGAGCGAGUCGAGCCGAGAGGAACCGAGACAGAUCGAAAGGAGUCGCGCGAGAGGAAUCGGGAGGAAAGCAGAGAGACGAAGGUGGCGGCGACCAAGCGGGACAAGGAGAAAGGUAGACGGCAGUGGCACUGGAGUUCAGGAAGCGCACCUGUCCUCGUUUACCUGGUUCGCCCCGCCCCGACCAAUAGACGGCCUACCGUCCCGAUGACGUCACACCUGGGCAUCGAGGGCGGAUGGUAGGGGCAAAUCCAGCAGGAGUCCCUGAGAUCAACCCGGGGGUGGCUGGUGGGGGUCACAGGGCUGAGAGAGACCUGCCUCGUGAAUUACGCCGAACUACGGCGGAGCGAGCUGAAGCGAGGGGCGAGGUCUCGUACAUCCUCCCCUGCGUCUCCUCGUUUCUUUGCUCAUUCGCUCUCCUUUGCUUUCUCUCUCUCUCUCUCUCUCUCUCUCUCUCUCUCUCUCUCUCUCUCUCACUCUCUUCCUCCGGACGGCUGCGGUCCGUCCUGGCCAGCCGAGAAGCGCCAAAGCGAUCGAGCAUUUCCCACCUCCGGCUCGUCCGGAAAACGUCCAUAGUGUCUGACCUUCCUUUAAACCGCCUCCAGUAAAGAUUUUGACGUUUCGCGAGAGUCACCAUCAGCAUCACGUAGCCCAGCUCAGGAUUUCCGUUUCGUUCCCACACGUCGCCUUCCCGGUAGUUCGCUGCCUCCAAAGUGGGGCCCAAGAUAAGAAGCGGAAGGCACCGGGAAAAAGAGGAGCCAGCGAGGCACUAUCGAAAACUCGAGGAGAACCGUGAUAACGAGGCGAGUGGGAAGUCAAGAAGAGCCGGCGGCUCGUGCUCGUCCAGUGUCUGGAUAGUCGGAAGUCGCGAAUCGACUCAAUAUAAACAAAUAGUUGCUCGAGAUCGGUGAUUCGUUCGGUGAGCGGGUGGGUGGUGAUGGUGCGCGCGUCUCGGGCCUACGAGAUGUAGGGAUCGCGGGAUUCGGAGCAAGUGGAACCAACGGGGUCCAGUGCUUUGCGUUCGAGUUGCAGGUAGAGGUUCAAGUGACAGGUGUGGUGUGUCGCUGUGUCGCGGUGGUUAUCGAAGUAAGUGCAGGGUGUGAUGCCCUGGUUAUGGUUAGCCAGUGAGGUAAGAGGAAAGAGGAGGACCGGCCUGCGAUCGUGCCGCGAGAGAAAGGAGCCAUCGACUCACUGACCUCCCUUCGAGGGUGUGAUUAUGGUGUACAUCGUGGUAGCGCCGGCAAACCACAGGAAGCGGGCCUUUCUGCAAAUUCUGGUGCUUCUGUCUUUCUGGCUGCCCACGCUGGAGACGGGACUGGUUCUCGGCUGCGGGCCCGGAAGGGGUGGCGGCAGGAGACCCAUGUUCCGGAAGCUGACGCCCCUCGUCUUCAAGCAGCAUGUGCCCAAUGUCAGCGAGAACACCCUUCCAGCCAGUGGACUUAGCGAGGGUCGUGUCUCCAGACACGACUCCAGAUUCCGCGACCUCGUGCCCAACUACAACGCGGACAUCGUCUUCAAGGAUGAGGAGGGCACCGGCGCUGAUCGUCUAAUGACACAGAGGUGUAAGGAGAAGCUGAACACCCUGGCGAUCUCGGUGAUGAACCAAUGGCCGGGGGUGAAGUUGCGCGUGACGGAGGGCUGGGACGAGGAGGGGAAGCACGCGACGGAUUCGCUUCAUUACGAAGGCAGAGCCGUCGAUGUGACGACAAGCGAUCGGGACCGUUCCAAAUACGGGAUGCUGGCGAGGCUGGCCGUGGAGGCAGGAUUCGACUGGGUCUACUACGAAUCUCGAUCUCACAUACACUGCUCCGUCAAGUCCGAAUCCUCGUCCGCCGGAAAGUCCGGAGGAUGCUUCCCUGGAAGCAGUCAGGUUAGAACGGAAGACGGAUCGAGAAAACGGCUGGAUCAGCUGCGCCUUGGAGAACGCAUCGCUGCGCUGGACGCGCGCGGCAACCUGCUUUACAGCGAGGUGAUCGCCUUCCUCGAUCGUUCUCCCAAGGAGAGGAGACAGUUCCUCGAGCUGACCACGGAGUCCGGCCACGUGCUCACCCUGACACCAGCCCACCUGGUGCCCGUCCAAGGGAAGGCGGCGGUCUUCGCUGCGCGAGUCCAGCAGGGAGACAGGAUUCUCGUGCGAGACGACGACGUCCGGAACAACGAGAUGAACCAGCUGAACCAGCUGAACCAGCUGAACCAGAUCAACCAGAUCAACGAGAACCUCCGGUGGGAUCGAGUUGCGCGGGUCGAGCUAGUCCUGAAGGAGGGUAUCUUCGCACCACUCACCACGGAAGGAACUCUCCUCGUGGACGACGUCGUCGCUUCCUGUUACGCAGUUGUCGACAGUCAGAUGAUCGCCCACUACGCCUUCCUCCCGCUGAGAAUUUUGAACAAUCUCAAGUCCGGAAUCCACAGAUUAGCCAGCCUGAUGACCGGGCCUGUGACUUCGUGGAAGAUGCCCGAGAGGAGAUACUCGGAGACGAUCGACGUUAACGCAACGAGGCAUUCAGCAGCAGCCACUGGGGUCCACUGGUACGCCUCCGUCCUCUAUUCCAUCUCCGCGUACGUGCUGCCAGCGCAGAUGCUCUAUUGAGUCGCAUCAAUCGCGGAUGUGCGCGUCAUCCUAGGUUCAAUGGUCAUUGGCUGAGCAACGGAGCGCCCUCGCGCGUUCCGCGACUUCCGUAGGAGGAGAAGGAAGGAAGCGAAGUUAAUGUCAAAGACAAGAAUGAAGACGAAGGGGAAGGAGGGCAGUGGUCGCGUCCCGCCAGUCUUUUCAUCGAAAUAACGAAGCUUUAGAGA